CAGAGCGCACAGAUAGUGCAGGGCUACGCAUGGGGGGUCUCUCUCUUACCGAGUCGACCUUGGCCGCUGCGUCCACACUGGAAGCUCCACUGCUUUGGCAAACCCUCCCGAUCCCCCCACCAAAUCCCUCUCUCCAACUUUCAUGUGAAGAAAGAGCGCGGCGUUACGUCAGACAGUGCGGGGCAAACGAGAGCGCGUCUUUGGGCUAUUCGUGGGCACUGCUGCCAAACUCAGCUUGGGGCAGCUCACCACUUUACUGCGGCCAAUGCACAUUGAAAAAUCCAGAUUUUUUUUUUUUUAAAAACAGCGGCGCUAUGUGGAACCCUAGCCCCAUUCCGGAGGUAACAUGGGACACAGGCUUGAAGGAGAUGAACGAGACGUGGAAAGGAGCGAUAGCGUGUCUCGGGGUGGCCGUCUUCUUUGUAAUGACGAUUGGGAUCAUUUACUGGCAAGUGGUGGACCAGCCCAACAAGAACUGGAUCCUUAAGGGGACUUUGAGCGGACUGAUCUGGGAGAGAAGAACCCACUCGCUGGUCAUCCAGACGCUAACUGAGGACAAGACCUACGUAGAGAUAGACGUCGAGAACGUGGGGAACCCUGACCUGGAGGUCCCAUUUGUGAGAAACUUGUGCUGGCUCAACAAGACCGAGUUCUGCUACACGUGGGACGCAGUAGCUGAGAUCAAAAUCUCCCUGGAUGUGAACGAGGACACCGGGACUGAGUGCUACAGCAUGACCUGGACUCCGGUGCAGUGCCAUGUGCAGCUCAAGGACUGCUUCUCCAUGACGAACGUAUCCUGGUAUGGCGGCGCCAGUGUGAACGGUCAGACGUGGCCUAUUAAUGAUCAAAAUGCCACUGUGCAGCCCUUUGUUGUCAGCGAUCUCAAGGAGAAUCCCUCAGGUUUCGGCUCAGCUCUGGAGCGAUACUUCCUCGGCUCAUCAGGUGUUGCAGUGCUGGUGUCUCCAGACAUCCCUCUGCAGCUGGGCUUGGAGAGCAGACAACAAUUCUGCUUGCAAUCACUGCCCAGUAUGACACUUCUGCCCUUGCAGUACACUGUUUGCGUGGCCAACAAUGUGAAGGCUGUACACCAAGAAGCAAUGCAGCAGCUCUCCCAGCUCACUCGGGAGAUACCCGACCUUAAGGCGCUGUGGCUCCCAUCCUGGAAGCUCCUCAGCAACGUGGAUUCAGGGCUGAAGGUGGAGAGGGAGCUGAGGACCUUCUCUAAUCGUCUUAGAAGACACCAGCUAGGGGAUGGAAUCAUCAGCCUUAAUGAACAUUCCACCAACCUCCUUUCUGAAAUGGACCAGGACUACCUCAAUAGCAGGAAGAGGGGGGCGUCUAAAAGACGCAGCACCGACCUCCCACUUGUGAAGCUUCUUAACAUUUCCGUCACUCUGUCCCCUUUCCUGAGCGUGGACACCACGCAGUUCCAUACAUCUCUUAUGGAUGGUACUGAGGCCUUCUGGCUUAGUCUUCCCUCCGCACCACAUGGACAGUUGGUCCCUUUGAUGACUCAGUGGCGAGGGAAAUUCUGCGUAAAGCUGAAUGUCACAAACCCUGGAGCCGUGAGCUGGUUCCUGGACAGAGUUGGAGCCAUACAGGCCCAUUUGGGAAUGGAGUAUAUCCUGCUGGAAGGGGGUGAGAAGAAUCUCUUUGAGGAGCAGGCCCUGCGGUCACCGGAGGCUCUAGGUGGGGACACAUACAUCAGCCUACUGGCUGAUGUGGCCGCCAGAAUUGGAGACUCCACUAUCAUGUCAGCGGGGACAAGGUCUAGCCACAAACCAGUGUUUCUCAGGAUGACUUCUCUGCAGUCUGACUGGAGCCUAAUGGGUCUGAAGGGGAUCAUUCCUUGUCUGCUGCACCACACUGUGCUGGGAUACAACUUCCUCAUUCCCGAUGCAGUAGGUGGAUCUCUAUCUGGAGACAUGGUCACAGAUGAGGAGUUGUACAUUCGUUGGCUGGAGAUUGUGUCCUUCCUCCCGGUAAUCAGUUUCCAUACACCCCCAUGGGUCUGCGGAGAGGACUGGGUGCUAAACUUAACACGGGUAUACAUAACAAAGCACCAGAGGGAUGUGGUACCACUCAUAGAAAAGUAUGCCGAAGAGUGGCAGGAGACGGGAAGCCCCAUCUAUCGGCCCCUGUGGUGGCUCAGUCCAGAGGAUCCAGUGACCUUCACCAUCGAUGACCAGUUCCUCAUUGGAGACGAGGUUCUGGUGGCACCGGUGGUGGAGAGGGGAGCAGUGAAGAGGGACAUUUACUUACCUGACGGGGGCUUCCAAUGGCAGGACAGUCAAAAUGCUCAGGUGUUUGAUGGAGGGACGCUCCUGGAGGACUACCCUGUGCCUUUAGAGGCGGUGGGUGUCUUCUUACGGCGAAGAUGAGUGACAGGUGACUCAUCCUGUUACUGUCUGCUAUCAUUUUUGAAACACGUGCUGUUUUAAACUUGCACUCUUUCCACAAGAGACCAUUCACCCUGCCUCAAUGCCAUGAAUUGAGACAACUUGUAAAAAUAUAUCUUUAUACUUGCACUUUACAGUUCAACAUGACUUCUAAUUCUGUUUUCCUUUAGGUGUAUUUUCUUCCUUUUUUUUUAAAGACUGUUUAUCAGUUUUACCUCUUAGCUGAUUUCAAUUUGAUUUUUUUUUUGUUCUGCUUCUUUGUAUGUAAGUUCUGGAGAAAUCUGUGCGUUUACAUACAUUUUGUUUUCUACAGUCUAUACAUUUAUUAGCUGCUGCUGUCUCUAUUGACAAGGAGGAGCAAAGCAAGACCCUUGUUGCUUGAAAUAUCUCUCAAGAAGACCAAAUGAAGUGAAAUGAAAUGAAUGGGCUUAAUUGAGGGAACGAUAGCUUACAGGAAGAUUUGUGCAGACACAAUGCUUGCUCACACAUUUUGAAAGAAGGCUUUUACUUGAAUUUCUUGAGCCACAGGGCUAAUGUUUGAAUGAAUGUACCUCACCCUCAAAUUGUCACUGUUUUUCGGACUCAACGGACAAAGUACGUAUAACCCCUUACGACCUACUAUUAAUACACAGUAAUGGUAUUAGAUCAGUGUACCACUCUGUUGACCUAUGAAUGUCCUGUAGUACUGUAGGCCACAUGAACAUGAGGCCAAGUCACUGAUAAUUGUAAUAUUUUCACUUCCUCUGAACCUGUUUCUAAUAUGCUGCAGCGAGAGCUUUUAAUGGCCAUCUUUCGUAUUUUUAUAUUUUUAAGUUGCUCGAUGUUGUGUUGAGGCCCUUAACAACAUCACAGUAGUGGGAGAGCAUAAAGAUGCACAAAAUAAUCAAACUCGAUCUGCUGUACUUGUCCACAAUUAAAUAAGGGCGAUCUAAAGGUCUGGAAUUAAAAAGAAAAAAAAUCUUUACUUUAGUGCAGUUCUGGUGGUGUAGAACUGAGCUGUACCAUACUGAGAGAUGCCUACUUUGAUGAUUUUUUGAUAGUGCAUCGAAUAAAUCACAUUAUUAUUUCAGUAGUUCAACUCGGAAAGUGAAAAUAAGUCAUUUUGAUUUACUACACGAAGUGAAAUUUGACGAUUAAUGGUUACUUGAUAACUCAAAAUUCACCAUCCCAGUAAAUUAGAAUAUAUAUGUUUCCAGUGGCACGGAAUCAAAAGUGAGAAUUUUCAUCAUUCAUCAUUGUCAAUCAUUGUCAGGCUAUCUCAACUAUAUUGUACAGGUGAAACAUACUGUGGGGGAAUUAAAAAAAAAAAAAAAAGGAAGGAAUGUUUGUAUCAAAAUAUGUUUCAUCAAGAAGCACUGAAAUUUUCUUGCUUCUGCCAUCUGGCCAUUGUCAUUUCUGUUGUACUGUAGAGCGUUAUGCUUAUAUAUUGCCUUGCUGUGGAUGUAAAUUGGGUCGGCUAAGUAUUAAUAGGGCUGUGUGUACAUCAAUCAUGGAGACAUGUAGCAUCCUCAUUGAUUUGUCUGUUAUCCAUUGCAACUGAAACAAUAAUAGCGGGAAUUCACUUGCCCUUAUCACUAAUUGCAUUUCCAUGUAGUUUUACCACACUGUGUUAUUGACCUACUCUUGACAUCACAUCCAUUUCUUCAGGAUAGUCAGUUUUUUUUAAUUGUUUUUUUUUAUCUGGACUAAAUACUCUGCCGAUAAUGUAUGUUCUGGAGUGAUUUGUAUAUUCUUAUUCAUGUGCAAUCGUAUUCAAACCUAUACGUAAUCACUUUGCACAAUGAGACGGCGCUUUACAUUUCUUAUUCAAUCGUAUUUGUUUGGCUUUUAUUGAAAUGAUGUGGAGAUACAGAUGGAUAGAAUGCGUUAGCGCUUACAUUUUCUGAAACGGAUCCGUUUACUGCAUCAACCCUCAGGUCUCCUGAAACGUAUCCAAUCACCCAAUGUCUUAGUUCAACACGUUGAUGUCUUAAUCUCUCCUAAAAUAAUGAAUGUACAAUGGACAAACUGUGAUGUUUCCCACGCGAGCUAUUCACCUGAGGAGCUUUACAGUUUAAACUCCUAAUGCGUUGCAGAAAUGCUGUGGUAUGUUGAACUGCAGGUAGUGCUUUGUUAUUUGCUCUACAGACUGAGCAGACUCUUUGUGCCUUAAUCUAAUCCGGACAACACAAAUGCCUGGAUUAUUGCGAUAUCAGCAAUGUACAUAUUACGAUGACUGUGCCAUUAUUAAUGUUUUUUUUCUCUUCUGUAAAUCAGAGAAUCUAGAAUGACUAAUUUGCAAAUAAAGUUUACAUUUUCUUA